GAAAUCAGGAAGUCAACCCUUUCUCUGCGACAGACAAGUCUAGUUCUACUCUGUAACAACUGGAAGUCGUCGGUUGAUGACAACAGAAUGGCCAAAUGCUGCAAUGUCCGUGUGUAUGGGUUGAUGGGUUGACAACAGAAGAGAACCACAGGCAGCAUAACUGAAGAUGCCGAACUCAAGAUGAAGAGGAUGCUUUGAGCUCUCUGGGGGCCCUUCAUACUUAUUGAAAGAUGUCUUACUGGUCUGUUGGUGUCUCAGAGGACCAAGGAGCCACUGCCAACAGCAACGACAGCAGCAGCAGCAGCAGCAGCAGCAUGGGCGAGCAAGAUGGCACCGAAGACAUGGGAGCCAAGCAGUCGUUGCUGGGGGCCCUUGGUCCGUCACCCACGAUCGAAAACAUCCAGGCAGCCUACAACGGCGGCGAGAGCAGUCGAGCUCAGGAGCUCAUCCGGAUAUCAUGCCAGGAAACCAACGGCGUCCGGCCGGAGCGGCAGGACUUGUUGUGCGUGGCGGCGCGUAACGGGGAUGUGGACAGCAUCCGGUUCCUUCUGAGGGAGGCCCGGGUGCCCGUGUCCCAGGAGGGCGGAGAGAGGAACCCUGCCGUGCAGGCUGCCUACUGGGGCCAGCACCGCGCCGUCAAGGAGCUCCUCGACUCCAUACCCAGGCACUGUCUGCGUAAGGAGCUGUUGAACUGGAUGUUGGCUACGGCGUGCCAGCAGGGUCAGUUGGAGGUGGUGAGGCUGCUGGUGCUGGGCUACCAGGCGGACGCUGAGGACUGUGCCAUACGACACAACGACUUCGCCGUCAUCACCGGCCUGCCACUCUACGCUGCGGCUAGAGCAGGCAAUACUGAGAUCGCCACCUUCCUGCUGGAGAAUGGUGCUGGCUUCUCCUCGUAUACUCUGAUGGACCACCCGGACUUCAGCCGCGAGCUGCUGCGACAGCGCCUCCUGGGGGAGGAGAGGGGUACUGACCAGCAGGACGGCACCAAAGACGAGGCUCUGUCAGUGCAGUGGUCGAGCCUGAAGCUGCCUUGGCUGGAGCUGGACUGGUUCAUGGACGUGUCGUCGCGCAUCACCCAUCUGGACCUGUCGCGGAACAGCCUGGGCUCCCUGCCCUCCGUGGUGCCCUGGGGCCUCAUUGGCCUGCGCAUACUCGACCUCUCAGCCAAUCAGCUCAAGGAGCUGCCCAGCCCUGUGUCCUCACAGGAGAUCAUCUGCACUAAAUUGCGACAGGUCAAUCUGUCUGAUAAUGAGCUGGUCAGCCUGCCCCUGCCGCUACUGCAUAUGUGCCAGCUCCAGAGACUCAGCGCCGCCAAGAACAAGCUCACCUCCCUCUUCGAGGUGCCCAGCGAGACCAACUGGAUAGGUCUGCGUAGGCUACAGGAACUGGACGUGUCGGAUAACUCCCUGACCAGCCUGCCGUCCUCCAUACUGCACUGCUUCAAGGGCCUCACCAGCCUCAACGUCACCAGGAACAAGCUCACCUCCUUCCCUGACCCCUGGGCCUGCCCCCUGAAAUAUUUGCGAGCGUCCUGUAACGAGAUUGAGAGUCUCCCUGACCUCAUCUCCAUCUUCUGGAGGACUCACCUGAUGGAGGUGGACUUCUCAGACAACGCCCUCAAGGAGCUACCCGCCUACAUCUUCGAGCUGGAGGCCAUUGUGUCCCUCAGGCUGUGUGGGAAUCAGAUCUCGGCGCUGCCCGAUCCCAACAAGUGGAAGUGCUCGCAGCUCAGAACACUUGAUCUGUCCAGGAACACACUGGGGAAGUCAGAUGAGGCCAGUAAAACCAGGCGACUGCCCUUCUUCACCACGUGGCAGAGGAGAGACCCUGAACCAGCGUCGUCCGUCCAGUUUCCAGUAAUGCUGCGGGAUUCGCUGGAAGUGCUGUUCCUGAACGACAACCAGCUGGAAUGCGUGCCGCCCUCCGUGUGCGCCCUCAAGACCCUCUCGGAGCUCUACCUGUCCAAUAAUGCUGGUAUUCAGGAGUUGCCUGCUGAGCUGGGCCAGCUUCCUAACCUGUGGCAGCUGGACAUUGAGGACCUCAACAUCAACAACGUGCCUGCUGAGGUCAGGAGAGAUGGCCCAGCAGGUGUGUUGGCGUACCUGCGUGCCCACCUGCGUAAGGCGGAGCCGUGCCGGCUGCUGAAGAUGGUGGUGGUGGGGCCGCCGCGGCAGGGCAAGAGUGCCCUCCUGGAGGCCCUGCAGUCGGGCCGUAACGCCCUGUUCUUGCCCUCCGAGCGCAGCAUAUACACCUCCACCUGGGACCUGGAGAGGCCCAGCACCAUCAAGACUGGGAUGGACAUGGUGUCCUUCAAUGUGUGGGACAUCGGUGGUCCGGCCAGCAUGUCCACAGUAAACCAGUGCUUCUUCACGGACAAGGCCCUGUACGUCGUCAUCUGGAACCUAGCCGUGGGGGAGGAGGCCGUCGCCAACCUGCAGUCCUGGCUACUCAACAUUGAGGCCCGAGCGCCCAACUCGGCGGUGGUGGUGGUCGGCACGCACCUGGACCUGAUCGACAGCAAGUUCCGCACGGAGCGCGUCGCGACCCUGCGGGCAUACAUCCUGGCGCUCUGCCGCACCCCCUCCGGCGCCCGGGCCAGUGGCUACCCCGAUAUCACCGCGAAGCAUCUAUAUGAGGUGUCCUGCAAGACUAUGGAGGGUGUGGACGGCCUGAAGAGGCUCCUGUAUCAGGUGGCCUGCUCCAUGAAGGACAUCAGCAACACGGCCGCCAGCUGCCAGCGCCUGGUCGGACGCCUCAUCCCGAAGAGCUACCUGACUCUUCAGGAGGCGGUGCUGGCAGAGCGCCUGCGGCGGGACUCGGAGGACGAGGUGCAGUACCUGACGGACCAGCAGCUGGAGCAGGUCAUAGACCAGAACCCCACCAGCGACAUCAAAGACUACGAGGACAUGCAGACAGCCAUCAGUUUCCUGAUAGAGACGGGCACGAUGCUUCACUUCCCCGACACGUCUCACGGCCUGUGCAAGCUCUACUUCCUGGACCCCGUGUGGCUGUCGGAGUGCCUGGAGCGCAUCGUGCACCUGCGCAGCUCGCGUUCGGUGGCGCGCAACGGCGUGAUCAACGCGGCCGACCUGCGCAUGCUGCUGGUGGGCACGGGCUUCACGCAGCACAACGAGGAGCAGUACUUCCAGUUCCUCGCCAAGUUCGAGAUCGCCCUGCCCGUCGCCAACAACAGCUACCUGCUCCCUCACCUGCUGCCUCCCAAGCCUGGCAUGGACUGCCACGGCAUGCGCCACCCCCACAACACCAUCCAGCGCCACUUCAAGAUGAGCUUCGUGCCCGCCGGCUUCUGGGAGCGCUUCAUCGCCCGCAUACUCAUCAGCCUGACCGAGAUGGACCUGCAGGCGUUUGAGAACAAGAGGUACACGAAGGGCCACCGGAGUCGGAACACCAUCAUCUACAGCUUCGCAGGGAACCAGCAGAGGAACCGGUGCAGCACGUUCCGCGUGCGACGGAACCAGACCAUCUACUGGAAGGAGGGACUGCAGGUCACCUUUGAUGGAGGAUACCUGAGUGUGGAGUCGGCUGAUCUGAACUGGAAGAAGAAGAAGAGUGGCGGCAUUAAGAUCAUCUGUCAGUCCGAGACCAGAGACUUCUCAGCCAUGGCCUUCAUCACAGACCACGUCAACGCCCUCAUAGAGCAGUGGUUCCCUGCCCUGACGGCGAGUGAGAGUGAUGGAUCUCGGCUGAUUGAGCAGUACGCCCCCUGCCCAGGCUGUGCCCCCGUGUCCAGGCAUGGUGACUCGCGGCUGGGGGAGCCGGGCUCCAGCAGUGGGGCGGUGCACUACUUCAACAUGGAGGACUGCGUGCUGGCCGCUGUGGAGAAGGAGCACAUCGUCUGUCCCAAACACCCCUCCACACCCGUGCCGCUGCAGGAGCUAGUGCCGGAACUAUUCAUGACCGACUUCCCCUCACGGUUGUUCCUGGAGAAGAGUGAGCUGGACUACAGUGAGGAUGAGAAAGACAUCCUGGGUCAGGGCGGUAGCGGUACCAUUAUCUACCGGGCUCGGUACCGCUCCCAACCCGUGGCCAUCAAACGCUUCCACUUCAAGAGGUGCCGACAGCAGUCACGAGGCAGUGGCACAGGAAGCCAUGAGGGAGAGUGGAUGCCCUCGGACUCGAACGUCUCGAACGCCGCCUCUGUUGUCUCUGACGAGCGUUGGGAAAACACUAUGGUGAAGCAUCUCCAGUCUCUGGAUGCGGCGCGCAGCUUCUCGGAGUUCCGUCAGGAGGCGAGUAUGCUCCACUCGCUGCAGCACCCGUGCAUCGUGCCCCUGGUGGGCAUCAGUAUCCACCCGCUCUGCUUCGCCCUGCAGCUGGCACCACUCAGCAGCCUCAACAACGUGCUGGAGGAGCGCGCCAAAGGUUCUCAGUUCUUGCCUCUGGGUCACAUGCUGACGUUCAAGGCAGCGUACCAGGUGGCGGCGGGCCUGGCCUACCUGCACAGGAAGAACGUCAUCUUCUGCGACCUCAAGUCCGACAACAUCCUUGUUUGGUCCUUGGAAGUGUGCGACCCCGUCAACGUCAAGCUGUCUGACUACGGGAUAUCACGGCAGUCGUUCCACGAGGGUGCUCUCGGAGUGGAGGGAACGCCGGGAUACCAGGCCCCGGAGAUCCGACCGGGAAUUGUCUACGAUGAAAAGGUUGACAUGUUCUCGUAUGGCAUGGUGCUGUAUGAGUUGUUGUCAGGUCGUCGCCCGGCUCUGGGCCACCACCAGCUACAGAUAGCUAAGAAGCUGGCCAAGGGCGUGCGGCCCACGCUGGGCACCCCGGAGGAGGUGCAGUUCUACUGCCUACAGGCCCUCAUGAUGGAGUGCUGGAACACCAAGCCUGAAAAGCGUCCCCUGGCGAUGCCUCUGCUGCGCCACAUGCAGGAGCCCAGCUUCCCCUGCCUCCGCUACCUGCUGCCCUGCGACAGCCACCGCCAGCUCUUCCUCUCCACACAGCAGGGACACAGCGCAGUCUUCUGGGACGGGGACAAGGAGAAAAGGAACUACACGGUGGUGAAUGUGGCUAAGGGCCAGGUGGAGGUGAAGCGGAUGCCCUGCCCAGGCACCAAGCUCAGCUGUCAGAUCAAGAUGGACAACACACUGUGGACCGCCACCGAGGAGCAGGAGGUUCUGAUCUACAUGCUGAAGGAGAUGUGUCCCCUCAGGCAGCCCCAGAAGAAGCUCUCCUUCCCUGCAGUCGUCACCUGCCUCUUCCUCGUGCCCGCCCAGAAGGAGACGCUCCCCCUGGUCCUCGUGGGCAUGGCGGACGGCCUGGUCUCCGUCCACACCCUGGUGGACGACCUGCCCAUGGACGGCGAGACCUACCUGUGCUCCCACUCCCUGAACAAGGACCGCUUCGGCCUGAAAGACGACGACCCGCGCCAGAAGCCCUACCCGGUGCGCUGCAUGGCGCUGGCCCGCGGCGGCUACGAGCUCUGGUACUCCAACGGGCCUGGCGUGUUGGUGAUCCAGCUCCCUAGCCUGCUGCCCAUGCGUCGUCUCGAUCCUUACAAGCCACCGUCCAACGUGACGGCCCUGGUGAGCUCGGCCAGCUGCUGGGCGGACGAGGCCGUGUGGUGCCUGGACGACCUCACCAACACGCUGCUGCUGUACCACGCCAGGACCUACCAGCUGUGCGCCAGCUACCAGUGCGGGGACGCCAGCCCACUCAGGGACGUGUUCCCCGUGCAGAGACCCUCUGGCGGGGGAGUGUCACCACACAAGGCCAGGCCGAAGGAGGAGAAGAAGGAGCAGGAGGAGAGCCAGGGGGAGGAGGAGUCGAAGGAUGAAGAUGAUGAAGAGGAGGCGUGUGAGGCCCUGCUGAGUGACCCAGUGCUGGUGAUCCACAGCGAUGACGCGGGUACCCAGAUCCUGCAGCGCGACGACUCCCUGACCGACUACUGCUCCAUCUCCGCCUCCAGCACCUCCGGCUUCCUCUCCGGCCAAUUGGAGCGCUCCAGCUCCGGCGCCCUCAGCUCAUUGGCCAGCACGGCCAGCAUGGCCUUCUCCACUGAUACGGAGGACGCUGAUAGGCCGGAUGACAAGGAGACCACAAACGCCACCAUCACCGCGUCCUCCUCCUCCACGCUCACGUCCCCUGUCACUGAGACGCAGACAGGGAGUCCACAUGAGGACACGGCCAUGGCCACCGCCGCUCAGAGCCAAACGCCCACACACCUGCAGGCUCUCACCGUGCUGCCAGUCAGCGACACUGUCUGGGUCCCCAGGCGUGGAGGGGACAUCAUGGUGAUUGAGGUUCAGGAGCACGCUGGUCAGCUGAGAGGCCGAGUCAUCGCCGUGCUCAUCGCCCCGGGAACACCACACCAUGGAUCCCUGGUGGAGGCCGCGCUGGUAGCAAAGGACACUGUUGUGUGCGGCUUCCGCAAGGAAAACAGGGAGUGGUGCCUGGCAGUCUGGCGGGGCUGGGGCGGCCGGGAGCUGGAGGUCUUCUACCAGUCCUAUGAGAAGCUGUCCAGCCUGGAGAACAGCAUGCGCAAAAGAAGGUAGCCGUUGUGCUGCUCAGCUAAGCUGAGCCGUGAGCUGCUGGGAGCUGCUGUAAGCGCUGCUGUGUGCUGUACUGUGGCGUACAUGAACAUGUGCGCUGCUGUAAGGGGGUGUCGGAAUCUGCGUUCUGUGGAGGGUUGAGGAGGGUCCCCCUCCGCUCCGCUCGGCGAGAGGGGAAUACACACUACACACUGCACUCCACUCGACUCAACAGGCCCCAGUGUUUCACACGCAGCGCUGGGACUUUUGGCAGCGCCGCACUGACAUCAGCACCGCAUUCUGGACCUGUGGGUGUUAGUGUGUUGUGUGUGUG